UUAUCAGUUCCCUCCAAUUUGAAAAGUUUAGGAAAACCUUGGACGAGAUUAUCGGUUCCCUCCAAUUAGAAAAGUUUAGGAAACCAAUAUUCCCUUGAAUAGAAGGGAUCCAGUCGCUGCCAUAGGGAAACCUAAUUGUUACUGCGUCAACGGCCUGCCAUAGUCUGAUAGUCCUCUUAUUCUUUUCCAGGAACUAUGCAAACUAGAGGUCACAACCGACUGGUAAUUGAACAAGAUUAUGAUGAAGAUGUGAGACCUUAUAUUGAGCACUUGAUGGAUGGUCAAAACUACUCUAGAGCCCAGCCAUAUAUUGAGCAAUUGAUGGAUAGUCAGAACUACUCUGACGCUCAAGCACAUGAUGGUCAAUCUAAUGAGUUGAAUAGUUCUAAUGGUGGCACUGAGAUUCAACAUGAUGACAAGUCAGGUAAUUCAGAAGCAAAAAAGGUUCGUGGGCCUACUUUACUAAAAGAUAUUUGGAAACUUCCGCCGGGGAAGAUAAUUGAUGUACCAUUUAAUAAUCGUAACCAAGCUAUUGGAAAAGAGGGUCGAAAGCAUGCUAGUUUUCUAGGAAUUAUCGCCAGAACUCCAGAACUAACACCUCUACAUGUAGAUGAUUGGAGAAAUUUUGACAACGAAGAAAAGAAGAAAUUGGUCAAUUUUGUGAGGAAGAAGUUCUCUAUCCCAAAAUGUGGAGAAGCGUGGGUCUUAAAGUCAAUAGGAAAGAAAUGGAAAGAUUACAAGUGCAGUUUGAAGGGUCAUACAAUCUAAUGUUCGAUAAUUUAGCGGUUAGAAGAUUUCAAAAAGAUGAAAAGUUGCGGAAAUCAUUUGAAGACCAUCAUUCUGGAUUAUUACUAUGAUGACAUUAG